AUGUUGUGUGAAGGGUACUAUGAUCUCCACGAUUUCCAUCACUCAGGGUUCUACUGCCCCCGCCUCUCUGACCCCCCCGAACACUCCUACUGCUGUCGCCAAGGAAUCCUCUACCUCAAGUACUGCUGCAACCAAUCAGAGUUCCAGGAUGUCAUGAAUGUCAACCUAUCAGAGAGCAGCACCUCCCAGCUCUUUCACAGCAAGCCUCUCACCCUCAUGGCAGUGGGGUUCUAUAUAGUUCUGGUUCUGACCCUGAUGAUAGUGGACUUUCUCUGGUUCUGCCGCAUGCGUGACCUCACUGUGCUGGCUGCUCUCAGGAAGUACUUGACCUGCCCCCGCUGGAUAAACAGCAUCCUGCGCCCCAACAGACAGCCCACACACUACCAUAGCAACAGGAACCUAGCUCCACAUAGGAAUCGGCAGGGAGCUCCACCUUGUCUCCCUGGCGACCAGAACGGCAGAUCAGCAAGCAAGAGUUGCCAUGGUGACCAGUGCACAGAGUUCUCACAUCUGGACCCAGAAGAGAACAGUGAUUGGACAGAAGAUGACAUGGAGUGCUCUGAUGACUGAAUAGCAACUGUUGUCUCCCUGCUCACUAU